CCGCAGGCGUAUUGCUCCCGUAGUCGAGAAGGUAGCAAAUUCAGAUCNUUUUUUUUCAUUGGAGGUUCGUCAUAUCUCCCUCCGCCUAAAUCACCGGGAGUUUGAUGAUGCUCACGGACGAAGCCUCACUGUUCCUUGUCCCUCCUAUAUCCUCUCUGUUUUUGUCAAAAGUCCUGUCGAUUGUUUCGGGUGUACACGUAUCGGACCGACUUCGGAUUCUUCACCAACACAGCCUUGAGGAUGAUAUGUCCCGGGCGGUAGGAAGGUAGCAAAUUCAGAUCAAAUUGGUUUACCGGUGUUGAAGACAUUCAGGAUGGUUACUGUUUGCUCUCCUUGUCAAUUUACACGUCGUGAAGUAAUAACUGGGAGUAGUUCAACCCCACCUUGCCACCGCAACGCUCUCGUCUGAAUGCGGCAACGAAGAGAAUCCCCGCGGACUGACAUGGCUUCGGCCAGGGGAAACGACCAGUGUUAACACCCAUACACAAGACUUGUACUUCGAGAAAGGCUGUUGCGCGGCAUAGGUGCGCAACAUGCCGGCGCUCCUAGUGGCUAGAAGAAUAGAGAACGCCAACUCCGACAUGCACACAAACAAGAUGGUAGUCCUGAUCCAUGAACGGUACAACAUGACGAAACGAAAGCCGACGCCACGGACAGAUCAACUUUCACCUUCUGCCUCGGAAAAUUGUUCAAGAGCCACCCCCGCUAGACACUCCAGCCCCGUCCAAAAGCGACCGCGAGAAAUUCAUUGCAGCCGGCCGGGAAAGGUAGCCGCCGUCGUCCCUUCCGUCCUGCACAGGCACUUCUGACGUCGUAAAAUCACUACCCACAGAGACCAUCUCCCCACUACCUGUCGGGGCGUUGCCCUCACCCGCGUUCUCACCACCACGCCCCCCACAUCCUCCCUCGGCGGGACCACUCCCCGUCGCAUUGGGGCCUGCCCCUUUGACAGAUUCCUGCCCGAACCCACCCACAAACGCCACCGUGUAAUCGAGGAGAUAAUAUUUUCUUGAGUUCGUUGUGCCCUCCUUCAUCCCUGCGUCCUUUACGAGCACGAGAAGUUGUCUAACAGUGCACCUGUCGCUAAUCUCCGCCCGGGACAUCCCCUUCAACUGAUAAAGGGUGGGCGGGGCCUGCCUCCGCGCACGUCCCCCCCUUCGGCGCUUUGCACCGCUCCCCCCGCCCCCUCCUGCGGUCCCGCCCCCUCCUGCGGUCCCGCCCCCCUGUGCAACCCCCUUUGCUUCGCCACUACCGCCCCCCGCCCCUUUAUUUCUCCAGACCCGUGCGUCCAGCUGUUGCCGCAAAGCAGGCGCGGCCUUCGACAACUCGAGGGAAGUAUUCUCCCUUUCACUCUUCGCGAAGUCACCCAUUCGUACGUUAAGGAUUUUCCAGACAACGAAAAGAAACAUCUAUUGGGAUACACUAGGAUCGAUGGCAGGAGGGCCAGGGGGGCAGCAGUUUCCCCUCAUUUUCUUGAUGACCUCCGCCUCGCUUAAAACUUUGAAAAUCUCGACUGGCAAGUCUCCGAGGCAAGCAGCAAGGAAGAUGAGGUUUUAAAAGAAAUGGAAUAUGCCUCUCUCCACGGCAUACACGAACUCUACCCACUCGAUCGUAGGGUAAUNACUGGACCGGCGCGUGUUGUGUUGGACGACACGCACCCAAUCCUGGGAAAGGUUGUGUCUUCUUUGAUGCGUCCAAGCGGUCGCCCAACCGGCAAUGUACNUUGUGUUGGACGACACGCACCCAAUCCUGGGAAAGGUUGUGUCUUCUUUGAUGCGUCCAAGCGGCCGCGCACCCGGCAAUGUAGUACAGGACUUGCCCGUGCGGCUUUGUGAUCUGAUACCUUUCACUCGGUUGAGAGAGCUCCACGGCCACGGAAUCCUUGCGCUCUUUCACGUACACCUUGUACAACUCCUGCAUUAAGGGGAGAGGAUGGGGAACGGUUCGAUAAGAGGAGCGUGGGCAUGGGGAGAGUACCUCAGCUACUUUUCCGUGGAAGACACAUUAACAAGAUGAGAUAGGAUGGUUGAUUCUAGACCCGAGCGCCAGGAAUUGGUGGUAGCUCCAACACACAUAUCCCUACCAGAAAUAUACACACGGCGCGCUCUCUCAAACCUACAAUCAUCGCAGUAACGUGCAGUUGCAGGAGGAUGGAAGUUUGACUUGUUCACACACGGAUGCGGAGAUGACACGCAAACCCUUCCAUAAAUGCCCAACUCGCUAACUGACUACCGUAUCAACCCACCUCCUCCACGUGAUUGAUGGUCCAGGAUAGGUAGUGCAACGCCUUCUCUUCCUGA